GACUCUAAACGACAGACACUUGACAAAGUGCGGGUUUAAUCGUGUUAUCGGCGAGUUGUUCCCUCAGUAUUGUUCGUCCACACACGCGUUAAUGAAACAAAUGGUCUGUUAUUGAUGUUUUUGUUAGGUCGCCCCACUUCGAGCAGGGAGUUGUGCUCCUCCGGGUUCAGUUAAGGUAAUGGAGACACGCCGGGACAGACACUUGGCAAAGUCCGGGUCUAAUUGUUUUUUUUCCAGCGAAUUUCUCUCAUUAGUGUUCCACCACGCACUCUUUAAUUAUACAAUGCGUUUGGUAUUGAUUAUUAUCGCGACCUCUGCUUUUAACGUUUCGUCCUUACGUCAAAUGGCGGCGUCAAGUUAGCGAUAUUUAACCACCGGGAUUUCAAAACACGAGUCUUUAGAGUUGCCACAGAUGAAUACACUUGCAGCUUGACGGACACUGCUGAGACAGCUUUGACUGGAGUCGGUGUAUUUGACAAAGAGAGGAAAAUGAAUCAAUUUAAACUGUAAUUCUCACCGAUCAUUGUCACAGCGUGGAAUGGCUUUAUAACAUUAUUCUGUACCUGCGUUCAGAAUCUGAGCAACAGGAGGAAAACACCGUUUAGUGGAAAUAUUAUUUGCAACACUUGGAGGGUCCAGUAUGCCAAAGGAACAGCCUCGUUUAAGUGAGCAGAGUCCCUGCGAUGCCUCCAGCAAGAACGCCAAAGAUAAGAGCAACAGCACAACUCUGCAGGCCAUUUGUGACACUAAAGACACAAAUGAUUGCAGUGGCACUGGCUCCCACUGCAGCUCGGAAAAAGACUCUGGCUACUCUGAAUGCUCAGAUUGGCAGCAGACAGAUGUAGAGGACCAGCAUAGCAACAAAAGCCAGUCCAGAGGCAGUGAGUGUACAGAAACUCCACAGUCUGGCCAAAACCAAAACCGAGAGCAUGGGCAAGGAAAUCCUGGGACUCCCCCCCUGAUCCCGGCAGGCCGUGAUCUCCGGACCAUUUACGUUGUCAAGAAUAUGAUGCUGAAGCAGCAGCCUGACACAGUCCAGAAAAGUGGUCAGCUGCUUUGGAAGAAUAAAAGCAAGGAGUCCGGCAAUGCUGGUGCACCCCAUAUGAUUCUCUGCCAGCAGCCAAUCUUGUUGCCGACCGCCCUGCAGCUCCACAAGCCCUUGUCCCGGAAUCCCAAUGUCACAGGCAAGAAAGUAAAUGACACGUACUUUCCUAUUUUAAACUCCUACCCUCGCAUUGCACCACACCCUAGCAAGAAGCCGCCUGAUAAACCUUCAUCAAAUGAUGAAUCCCAGAAUCUGAGUAAGAGGGUGUACACAGAACACAAGAGUGAUAGUACAACUGAAACCACGAGUCUGCUUGAGCAGCACCUUCACAAGCAACCCAAAUUAGCAGCGUCGGCCUCUGGACAGCCUUGUACCUCGACAACCAGAGAUACUGUCUCUACCUGUUCCCCCACUGCUUCCUCGAGCCAGUGCUCCUCAUCUGUGUCCCCCAUCAACACCCCCACUUCCACCUUUCUUGCAACCAGAGGCCUACGCAGAUUUGGCUCCUCAAAUUUUCACCACCGCCGUUUCCUCAACACGGUAGAAAUCCUCCGACAGUCGGGUUUGUUGGACAUUACGCUGCGCACUAAGGAGCUGCUGCGCCAGAGCAGCGCCACAGAGCAGAACAUUGCCCAGCUUCGCCAACACACAGAGCUGUUGUGCCAGGCUGCUCACAACCCCAGCAGCAGACUGGAAGGUAUUACACCCUGGGAACAUUUACACAGAACCAUGGCUGAGUCAAGCAACUAUCCCAACCUCAAAAUCCUACAGGAAUUACUGAUCCCCACUCAUCAAGAUUCUCCUGCUCAACCAGGGAAUGUUGUCACAGGUGAAGCCCAGGGGCCAUUUUCUGCUGAGAAUCCAGAUGUGCCACCGUCUCACCUCCUCAACACAAUGCUGAACCUGAACCACACCUGUCCUUUAUCACAGAACAGGGAGCUCGAUGCAGCUGAAAAGAACAUGAUGCCUCCUGACAGCUCUACUGGUUAGCACAAGCUGCAGUGCCUUGAGGAGAAGAGCGUGUACUCAGGACCAGCCAGUGGUGAACUGGUAGUUAGGUCAGCAUGUAUUAUGUUUGCGUGUUUUUUUACUUUACAGCUUUAGAAUUCACCUCAGCAGAGUUAAGCGUCUGAAACGCGAUCCUAUAAUUAAAACAUUAAAGUGCAAUUCAUUUCCAUGACAUGAUCUUCGAUCAUCACUGCAGACUUUGUAGAGCCACACACAGGAGGAGGGGGUCUCUGCAUGUGAGCCACUUAAAGGAUUAUAUGAAAAUUGAAUGCGUUUCCUUUGGAGGAUGAGAACUGACUAGCGCUCAGGUGUUCCUUUAUGAAGAUGGCUUCUUCCUUAUGUGCUACCAGUUUAGCUGUCGCACCUGACUAAUGACUUUAUUUCAGGAAAAUGUGAACGAAUCCAUCUGCUAACUAGAUAAAUGUGUGAGAGAGAGAGAGAGCUCACCAAGAUUGGUGCCUUAAAAAAAUAUCACCUGAAGAGAAAAAUGUCCCUUAAACAAAACCAGUGGCACAACUGGGAGCUUAAUGUUGUGGAGAAAACCCUCCUGUUACAUUAGAGAUUGCUGAACUCUGGACUUCUGCAGGGACUUGUUUUCAAAUACCCAUCAAAGCCUUAAAGACUGAUUUCAUUUGCUAUACCACAUCACCUUGAGCGAUUAUUAUUAUAAUAUUAUUCACCAAAGUCCUUAUUCUUAACAUAUAUAUCUUGUGAUAGUGAAAGCAAACACCCACAGACUAUGACUUAAACACAGUAUCUCUCAGAUAAACAGUCGCACCAUUUCCUCUCGUGCAGCAGGUUUCCUUUUUUAUUUGUUUUCACUUUUUCUUGUUGUUUGCUCCGAGCCACUGGUUGUUUGUGCUCUGUUGUUUUCUUCACAGAUGUAGCAUCAUUUGCUUUGUGAGCCUUAAAGUUUGACAACGUUGAUAAAAAAAAAAAUAUGUUGACUCAAGUGACUUAAUGCAUGCAGUAUGUGUAUGACUUUUUGUUUUUGUUCUCCAUCCACUUU